ACACAUAGACGACCACAUAAAGCAAACUCGAAAAACGCAGUUUUUCUAGGUUUUCUCAUAUCAGCUUUGUUUUUAUUAAGGCGGAGUGAACUCUAUACGACUGAACAACGCCGCUCGUGUUACCUUCUCCUCAUGUCUCUUCAGUGAGAAUGGCACUUCUUUGCAACGUGGGCAAAUACCGUACUUCCUGUACUCUGUGGUUGAAACGGAGAAGAAGGAUCUGAACACAGUGGUGGUUUUUCAGAUUCACAAGUCAUUUCUCAUGCUGCUUCGUCUUCUGUCUAAUAAAAUUGGCGCGUAUCUUGUGAACGGUCAAAUCCCGUCGUGUGCAAGGUCACUAAUCUCUCGAAUUUCUGGUCAUAUUAUGGUUUUCAUGGAGCUCAACCCUCGUAAAGCGAUGGAGGUCACAUGUGUACUUGAGCAACUAAUACCAAUGGUGUCAACGGUAAAUGGGACAACAAAGUCAAGUGCCUUUAACGAAUCACCGGACCAGCAUUCUGAAAUUUCUGAAGCGAAAAGCACUCAGAUUACCGUUGAGAGCACACACCCCUACAAGACAAACAGUGUGCAUUCUGUGAUGGUUGCCUUCGAGGAGUCGGUGUAUUUCCAAUGUAUACAGUUUUCACCUUCCUGUGAAACAGCUCAGGCUGAUGACCAACUCUAUAUUUAUGUAGGUAUAAAUAAGGAGUGCUAUGUUCCUAUCGGGAGGUAUUUUGGUUCGAAAGAUUGGCCAUUAGUACCCUUACUUCUACCUGGAAACUCACUGUGGUUUGUACUUGAGACGACCGCUGAAGUCGAAGGGGCGACAACUGAACAGAUGUAUGGCUUUCACUGUACUGUAACUGGAUAUUCUGCUGUUUGCAAAAACUCUAAUCUCCGAUUGGAACAAGAACUUACUUGGCUAUCGGCAAGCGCUUGUAGAAUUAUGGUUCAGAACACCGGAACAGUCUCCUCAGACGCCGAUCUCUACGCCCUUCUUGUGGCCGCUAGUCGCAUCAAAUUCUAUGUGGUCUCCCGACAAGAAACGAAGAGCAGGAAGGCUGAUCUGAUAUUUCUGCGGGAGUUCCUAUCCGCUAGUUCGACAUCAACAGCAGGUUUUCUUGCACGUUGGUUGCCUUAUGGUCCAGCAGUAGAUCCAGGUCGUUGUCAGCUGAGUAUAAUCCAAACAGAAAUGGUUGUGGGAAAACCCGUUAAAAUUCAUCUCAUAACCAAGGAUCAGUUUGAUCGUGAAGUGUCGUGCUCAUCGAUGUGCGUUGAAGUAUCUAUAACUGCUGGAGACGCUUCCAUUUAUGCAUCUGCUCGAUUCGCUUUUGCCUCUCUUCCUUCACUAGACAUCAUCAAAAAGAAUCCUUUCCAACCGGUUCUAUUAAAUCGCUGUCGAUAUAUGUCUAUAGUAGCAAUGCCAGUCUAUGUGAAUUAUUCAUAUGAAGAAAUCCGCCUUGGUUUUACUAAAGCGACGGUUAUUCAUGAGAAUAUCAACUUGAAACAUAAGAGUAACUGCACAUUUGAAGGUGAAUGGAUCCCAGCAGCUCCAGGUAGCUAUAGAGUUGUUUGUCGAGUAGACGGUUGCGAACUGACACACAAUUAUUUAAUCGAAAUAUCUGAAAAGGAAGAGAAUGUGAAGCGCCGUGAGCACCGUGCUGCGCACUUAAGCAGAGCUAGAAAAGUGAUGAUACCAGCAACACUGCCAUUUCAAGCAAUUCGGAUGCGCCUCGGCGCAUCGUUGACGGCUCAGUGUGUGGGCACAAUUCCAAGGUGA